AUGGUUUUACUUAUAGCAGCAGCACUUAUCGGUGCAGGAGCAGUCGCUAUUGAAGAGAAACGGAAGAAAAAGAAGUUGGCAAAAAUGUCGCCAAAGGAGAGGGAACAAAUUGAACGGUAUCAGAUAGCACAACGGUUUGAUAGAGCCAAUAGAGGAAGAAAUUACAUUCCACCAGAAAGGGUACACCAGUUGCAACAGCAACAGCAGCAACAAAAGCAACAGCAGCAGCAGCAGCAGCAUCAUCAUCAAGAAGCACCACCGUAUACAGCCCAACAACCAUCGCGGUCUAGGGGUAGUCAGAAGAGAGCAAACAAUUCUGCUGGUGCGUCAUCUUCACUGCAGAGGAGUGGAACAUACGGUUACAAUGUUCCUUCUACACCAAUGAAGCCAUCGACAUUUAGACCAGCUACACAGAGGGCUUCUAUGCCACAAGGAAGACUGCAGCACCAGCACCAGCAACAACUGCAACUGCAACAGCAGCAUACGGGUUUGUCACUGAGCUCAAGGCCGGUCCAUAGAUCAAGUAGACCACCUGUGGUUAGACCUAUGGUUGAGGAUGACCCGCCACCAGCAUAUACUCCAUAG